AUGCCGCAUACUCGUUUUCCCUCCUCUGACGAGGAAGAAUUUUUCCGCGUCGCUGCCCAGCAACGUCGUGCUUCCGCUCAGCAGGCCCAGCCCGCUUCCCGUCGUCAGUCCAGUGACUCGUCUCCUGUUGUCUCGCCUGGACAUCGCGGUCAACAAUCCCGUGGCCCUGCUCAGCAGACCCAGCCCGGGAAUCCUCAUACCCCCUCUCCUCCGGGAACUCGCCGAUCUGGGGCUUUUUCAAACUUGUCUCACCGUGAGCGUCAGGAGAAUAGGCAGGCGUCUUCUGGUGGUGGCCGCGAGCGGGCCUGGGCUUCGGCCCCGGUUCCGACGAACGCCGCUGCCAGUGGAUCGCCCUCGAUGUCUUUUCGCACGCGCCGCGGUGUGACUCCCCCAGUUCAAGCUUCCGGAGUUCCGAACACCCCCAGUCGCCCGGUUAACUCUAACCCUACGACCCCGGCCAUUGAAGCGAAGCGCAUGAAGCGUCCGCGGUACAAUACCAAGGAGCGCGCUCGCAAGUGUAUCACCUGCACCGGAAUGGGCAGAGUGUGUACUUGGUCGGAGGAUUCGAACGGGAAGGCCCUGCCGCGUUGCGACGACUGCACUGAUCGAAACAAGAAGUGCAGCGACAUCCCCUUUUCCACCGAGAUCCUGGACCGUUACCUUGCCGCCCUGGCGGAUACGCUGUGA